AUGCAUGGCAUUGUGGAAUAUGUUCGUGCCAUUGCUAUCUACAGUGUAUCGUCUAUGGGGAUGAUGUUAAGCAACAAGCUUGCUGUUGUAGCACUGCCACUUCCCUGUACUCUGGUGUUGAUGCAGAUGGUUGUGACACUCGUUCUACUGAUUCCAUUCCGAUCUCAAGUGGAGCGUCUAAAACUUCAAAAUGUGCAAAAGUGGAUUCCUGCGGCAACACUUUUCGCCUCCAUGCUUUACACUAGUAUGGAAAGUUUUGCCAAUGCCAACUUAUCUACUGUUCUUACAUUCCGCAAUCUUGGACCCAUUUUUACAACUGUAGCAGAAUAUUAUGUGCUUGGUGAGCGCGUAAAUGACGAAAUUAUUCUUUCACAGUUUGUUAUUUUCUUGGGAGCAGUAAUAUAUGGUUGGGCAAACUCAACAUUCACUAUGAUCGGACUGUUUUGGAUGCUACUAAACCUUUUCGCCCAAGGUUUAUAUGGAAUUCUCAUAAAACAUAUGACAACCAAUGUGCCCGAGUUUUCAUCUGCUACAAAGUAUACUUUGGCUUUAUAUAACAACGUAAUCGCCCUGCCAAUGGUCUUUGUUCUUUUUCUACAUCAUAAUGAGAUGAUGUUUCUUAAUCUAGUAGUACCUAGUGUUACCAGUUCUGGCUGGUUUUGGAUUGGAGUUACUUGUUUUUGUGGUUUUAUGAUUUCAACAUCCGGUUUUGGUCUACAAAAACUUGUCUCAGCUGCUACCUUUAUAGAAAUCAACAAUUUGACAAAAUUUGUUAAUAUUCUUAUCGGUGUUGUUUUUCUUCAUGAUCGCAUAGGCUUUGUUGACGGAUCAGGUUGUCUUAUUGCUCUUGCAGCUGGAGCUUGGUAUGCCUCUGCGAAGUAUCGCUUUAAAGCUAUUCGGUCAACGGCAGUGUAG